AUGGCGCUACCAAUGAAGCCCCCGCCGGACUUGGCAGUUUAUGUUGAGGGUUUGGACGGCCCCAGAGGCAAAGUAACCGAUCAGAUAAAACCAAGACAACUCAUCACCGAUUCUGUAUAUUCCUCCUGUGUCCGCCCAUUUUUCUCUCAUUUCCGCACAACCCAUUUGGAUUCCAUUGCAUCUUCAACCCGUUUUUUUUUUUUCUAUGGCUUCUCUCAGUUUCUCUCCCAUCAGAGGCAAACCUCUGGCGGGGACUUCCGGUCGGUUCGCAGGCAGAGUUUGGCUCGGCCCAGCAGAGUUGGGUUUAGGGUCUUUGCUUCUGAGGGUCAGGCUGAGCCUGAUCUCAGUGUCACUGUCAAUGGAUUGCAUAUGCCGAAUCCUUUUGUUAUCGGGUCCGGUCCGCCCGGGACCAAUUAUACCGUCAUGAAGAGGGCUUUUGAUGAAGGUUGGGGUGCUGUGAUCGCCAAAACUGUGUCUCUGGAUGCUGCCAAAGUUAUAAAUGUAACUCCUCGGUAUGCCCGGCUACGAGUAGGAGCAAAUGGCUCAGCCAAAGGACAAAUUAUUGGGUGGGAAAAUAUUGAACUAAUAAGCGAUCGGCCUCUUGAAACAAUGUUGAAAGAGUUCAAGCAAUUAAAAGAAGAGUAUCCUGAUAGAAUACUUAUUGCUUCAAUCAUGGAGGAAUAUGAUAAAGCAGCCUGGGAAGAACUUAUCGACCGAGUUGAGCAAACUGGAAUUGAUGCCCUUGAGAUCAAUUUUUCAUGUCCUCAUGGUAUGCCAGAGAGAAAAAUGGGUGCUGCAGUUGGGCAAGAUUGUGCACUUUUGGAGGAGGUUUGUGGAUGGAUAAAUGCAAAAGCCACUGUUCCGGUGUGGGCAAAAAUGACUCCUAACAUCACUGACAUUACACAGCCAGCUAGGGUGGCUCUGAGUUCAGGAUGUGAGGGGGUGUCUGCUAUUAACACGAUCAUGAGUGUGAUGGGGAUCAAUCUCAACACCUUACGUCCUGAGCCUUGUGUUGAGGGAUACUCAACUCCUGGGGGCUAUUCUUGCAAGGCAGUCCAUCCCAUAGCACUGGGAAAAGUGAUGAGCAUUGCAAAAAUGAUGAAGGCUGAAUUUGGUGAGGACUACUCGCUCUCUGGUAUUGGAGGUGUUGAGACAGGUGGUGAUGCUGCCGAAUUUAUUCUUCUUGGAGCAAACACUGUUCAGGUAUGCACUGGUGUUAUGAUGCACGGUUAUGGCCUUGUGAAGAAACUUUGCUCUGAGCUAAAAGAUUUCAUGAAAAUGCACAAUUUCUCAUCCAUCGAAGAUUUCAGAGGGGCUUCUCUUGAAUACUUUACAACGCACACAGAUUUGGUACAAAGGCAGCAAGAAGCAAUUCGGCAGAGGAAAGCCAUCAGGCAAGGGUUACAGUCUGACAAAGACUGGACAGGAGAUGGCUUUGUGAAAGAAAGUGAGAGCAUGGUUUCUAACUGAAGUCUUCUACUUUGGUAGGCCUUCUCCCUUGCAUGUUUAAAAAUAAAUGGGGUUUCUACUUUCUUGUCUGGUCAAGUGUUUAGAGACUGUAAAAGUUUGGGUACAGAACUCAACUGCAUGAAGAUAUCAUGUGUAUCUGUUUGAAAAUAUUUUCUUGGAUUUUGUCCAGUGACUUUAAGAUAAAUAUGAAUGAAGAAUAAUUGAAUGUUUUAUGGCA